UGAAAUAAAUAAAUAGGGAAGUUGAAUCACGCUGAACAGAAACCAGACGCGUCGUUGUCUGUUUUGUGACAUGAUCUCCCUUUUUAUAUAUUUCGUUGUUGUGCAAAUAGUCUUAGGUGCUCAAAAGAAUGGCGUGGAUAAAAUCCAGACCUUUGUUAUCCCGCACAGUCAUAUGGAUGUCGGCUGGGUGUACACGAUACAGGAGAGCAUGCACGCGUACGCAGCGAACGUGUACAGCAGUGUGACAGAGGAGCUGACCAGGGCAAAGCACCGCAAGUUCAUCGCUGUGGAGCAGGAGUUCUUCCGCCUUUGGUGGGACUCUGUGGCCUCGGACAAGCAGAAGGAGCAGGUGCAGCAGCUCGUCAAGGAGGGCCGUCUGGAGUUCAUCAUCGGAGGUCAGGUGAUGCACGAUGAGGCCGUGACGGACCUGGACGAUGAGAUACUGCAGCUGACCGAGGGCCACGGGUUUCUGUACGAGACGUUCGGGGUUCGACCUCAGUUCUCGUGGCACGUGGAUCCGUUCGGAGCCUCCGCCACCACCCCUGUCCUCUUCGCCAUGGCGGGGUUCCACGCUCACCUCAUCUCUCGCGUCGACUACGACCUCAAGGACCAGAUGCAGAAAAGCCAGGGGCUGCAGUUUGUAUGGAGAGGGUCACCCUCACUGGGGGAGCGACAGGAGAUCUUCACCCACGUCAUGGACCAGUUCAGCUACUGCACUCCGUCUCACCUGCCCUUCUCCGACAGGUCUGGGUUCUAUUGGAACGGCGUGGCGCUGUUUCCAGACCCUCCGAAAGACGGCGUGUACCCCAACAUGAGCCUUCCUGUCUCCGAGGAAAACCUGCACUUGUACGCGCAGACCAUGGCGAAGAACAUCCAGCAGAGGGCAGCAUGGUUCCGAACCAAGCAUGUGCUCUGGCCCUGGGGCUGUGACAAGCAGUUCUACAACUCCUCGGUGCAGUUCCAGAACAUGGAUCCGCUGAUGGACUACAUUAACCAGCACAGCGAGGAGUUCGGUGUGACGGUGCAGUACGCCACCCUCGGCGAGUACUUCCAGGCCGUCCACCAGUCGGAUGUCACCUGGGGGGUGAGGGGAAGCGAGGACUUCCUCCCUUACUCCACCGAACCUUUUCAGGCCUGGACGGGGUUCUACGCCUCCCGGAAUGUUCUAAAGGGCGUGGCUCGCCAGGCUAGCUCCAAGCUGCACUCUGCGGAGUCUCUUUUUGCACGGUACUGCGCCAGUGUCCCAGAGGGUCCGGUCCCCAAGGAGUGGGCGCUGGAGAAGCUGAGGGCCCUUCGCUGGGCUGUCUCUGAGGUUCAACAUCACGAUGCCAUCACGGGCACUGAGUCACCAAAGGUGGCCAACAUGUACCUGCAGCACCUCACCCAAGGCAUGAUGGGAGUGGAGGAGCUCCUGGCUGCGCUGUUCUUGCUGCCACCGGCUGUUGAUCCCUCUGGCGCCCUCUACGGGCAGCACAGGAGAAGCGCAGGAUCUUCUCAGGGCCCGGAGCAGCACAUCAUCGUUUACAACCCCCUGGCCUGGAACAUCACCACCUUCAUCAACGUCACUGUGACGUUCCCCAUGGCAACCGUGUACGAUGAAGACGGCCGGCCCGUUCCGGCACAGAUCCAGAGGUCACCGGAAUUCAACACCACCUAUGACCUGUUCAUAGUGGUGACUCUUGCUGGGCUUCAGCACAGGCAGUACGUGAUAAAAUUCGGCGAUUCGCCGCGUGAAAAUUCCACGUAUGCCGCUACGGUCGUGCCGUUCACGCGACAGAAGGUGGACCCAUCCAAACGGACCGGCCGGAGACUUCUCCCAGUGCUCAACGAAUGCUACAGGCUCAUGUUCGACCAGGACACGAACCUGCUGCAUAGCAUUAAAGACAUGAAAACCAAGCGUACUGUGAGGGCGACGCAGGAUUUUUGGGAAUAUAUCGUCAACGGGGACGUCCGGGCUGGGCCCAUCUCCGACAACUACAUCUUCAGCGCCAGCGGAUCGGCCACGCCCGCAUAUAAAUCCGUUGGGAUGGAAAUUGUGCCAGGAAAGAUGGUGACAGAGAUCCGACAGUACUUUUACAGAGAGCACAGCGACGAGGACUACGCGUACGCCGUGUACACCCGGGUGCCGGAGGGCUUUCAGAGCCGAGCGGUGUGCCACCGCGUCGAGCAGAGCUACAGGGUGGGCCCGCUGGCGCUGAACCGGGAAGCCGUCCUGCGGACCAGCACCGACCUGCGCAACAACAGGACCGUCUUCACCGACAACAACGGCUACCAGAUGCUGAAGAGGCCGCACCGAACCUUCGCUAACAAUUCGGUGGCUAGAAACUACUACCCGAUGGUGCGGGCGGCGUACAUGGAGGACGGCUCCGCCAGGCUGGGCUUCCUCAGCGAGAGGCCCCACGGAGUGUCCAGCCAGGAGCAGGGACAGCUGGAGGUGAUGCUCCACCGACGCCUGUGGAACAACCAGGAGUGGGACUUGGGGUACAACCUGACCCUCAACGACACCUCAGUGGUGCGCCCCGUGCUGUGGAUGGUCCUGGGGUCCCAGGCCGUGUCUGCAUCGCUGCACCAGAGGGAGGCGCUGCUGCUCCAGCACCGACCUGUGGUCAUGCCCAUAGACACGCCUCAAAAGCCCUGGAGGGGCCAGGCCCCCCGGAACAGAGACCCGGUCAUCCCUGUAGUCCUGCCUCCGAACCUCCACCUCCUCACGCUAAGCAUCCUGGGCAGGGGCUACAGCGCCAAUCAUACUCAGAAUCUGUGGGACAUCUCAAGAGGUAAGAGGAGGGAAGCAGAACCAGACUUUAACCGGGUUCUUCUCCGGAUCAUGCAUCUGUUUGAGGUCGGAGAAGACCCCGUACUGUCCAAACCCACCACCAUCAACCUGCAGGAAGUCUUUCGAGGAUUGGGCAAGUUGAGCUCCGUGGAGGAGCGCUCUCUCACUGGCACGUGGGAUAUCUCCGAGCUCAAGAGGUGGAAAUGGAGGACCUCGCAGGGCAUGGAAAAGGAUGUGGCUCGAGUAUGCGAAGACUUCAGCGUAACGGUGUCACCAAAGGAAAUCAGAACCUUCUUCAUCCGCUUCAAAUGAUCACCUCAUUGCUGAAUUCAUCUUCAUUCAACUCAUGGGAAAGCAAAGUUCAAGCAAGAGAGCUCUUGUUAGUGGGUGUUCACGCCAUCCAAUUUGGAGUUGCUAAAAGUUCAUUGAUUGUUUCCUUGAUGAUUCCUCAAGUAAAAGUGAGGGCGACAUGGCUCAGGCAGUAAGAGCAGUUGUCUGGCAGUCGGAGGGUUGCCGGUUCGAUCCCCUGUGUCGAAGUGUCCCUGAGCAAGACACCUAACCCCCAAAUGCUCCUGACGAGCUGGUCAUCACCUUGCAUGGCAGCCAAUCGCUGUUGGUGUGUGAGUGUGUGUAUGAAUGGGUGAAGGAGAAGCAUCAAUUGUACAGCGCUUUGGAUAAAGGCACUAUAUAAAUGCCAACCAUUUACCAUUUUAAAAAAGCUGACAGUUUGUGUAAUUGUUAUAUUUUGCCUCUUGCAAAUGUCUCCUUCGAAUAAAGAUGUUACCAUUCUGA